AUGCCUCAAUCCACCAAGUGCUAUCUUCCCCGGUUCGCGUCGACUGUUGACGGGCCGAAAUGCCCAGUCUCCAUGAAGACAAGACCCACGGCUGCUCAACAUGCGCAGUUAUUAACCGCAUGGAACGAAGACCGCCUGGACUCAAUCUUGCGAGCUACCUGGGCUCUCUUGUUGCAUUACUACAUCCGCUCCGAGGAUAUUUGCUUCGGUUACCAACAUCUCCAGGGCGACUCGCGCUCUCCGAAAUCAUCUGAACAUCGUUCGACCGGUGUCAACAUUUCGACGAUUCGUAUUUCGAUAAACGACAACGAUUCUCUCACAGAAGUUGUAGAAAAGGUGCGCGCAAACAGUGCGAAUCCACAGGUUAAUGGAAGCUCGGAGGCCGUUUCCGAGGCAUAUCAUCCUUUCAACACCAUCUUCAUGCUGCGAACAUAUGACCAGCCUGCUUCUGCUUCAAAGCCCAUCUUGGCAACAACUCUUCCAGACGAGUGUCAAGUCCGUCUACAUGUCAAGGUGCUGCGUGGAGACAUCAGUAUUUUUCUUGAAUGGCGCAAGGGUGACAUGUCUGGGGAACAGAUGAAGAGCGUCGCCACCAUUUUUGAGCAGUUGCUUACCAAAAUUCUUUCUGCUGAGAACAUCGCUAUUAGCAAGCUUAAUCUGUUCUCAGAGAACGAUUGGCAACGCAUCCACAAGUGGAACUCCACGUCUCCACAGCUCUACGAUCGCUGCAUCCACGAAGCCAUCCACGAUCAAAUGUUGAGCGGACCUGAUCGUGAGGCUGUCUGUGCGUGGGAUGGAAGUUUAACGUUCGCUGAGCUCGACCGGCAAGCGUCGAAGCUUGCAUGCCAUCUUCGCAUGCUGGGAGUAGGGCCGGAAGUCCGCGUGGCUUUGUGUUUCGAGAAAUCAAAAUGGAACAUUGUCGCAAUGCUUGGCGUGAUGAAAGCCGGCGGAGCCUUCGUCCCAUUAGACCCGACUCACCCAACUUCCCGACUGCAAGCUCUCAUCCAAUCGGUUCAGGCGCCGGUUGUGUUGUGCUCGCAGCAUCUUUCCAACAAACUUGCCCCGAUAGCAGAGAACAUCAUACCCGUCUGUGCUGAUCAAUUAGAUCCUCUGUCUGACCCCGCAGAGAAUCUCAUUCUUGCAUCUGGUGUCACUAGUCAAAAUGCGGCUUAUGUUUUGUUCACCUCUGGCUCAACAGGAGAACCUAAGGGAACCCUGCUGGAGCACCGCGCGUUCCUGUCCGGGGCCAUGGUGCAUGGACCUGGUCUGCACAUUUAUCGAGAGUCACGAUGUCUUCAGUUCGCCGCCCACACCUUUGAUGCCAGUUUAGCCGAGUCGUUAACGCCGCUCAUACAUGGUGCAUGUGUGUGCAUUCCGAGUGAAGAAGCUCGCCUCAAUGACAUCGUGACCACCAUCAACGAAAUGCGAGUCAGUCAAGCCUGCUUCACGCCCUCAUUUAUCGGCUUUAUUGAAAUCGAGAGUUUGCCAGGACUGGAGAGUUUGGUCCUGGCUGGAGAGGCAAUGUCGCAGUCACAGCUGGCUACUUGGUCUAAAAUCAAAUUGGUCAAUGGCUAUGGACCCACCGAGGCUAGUGUGGCAUCCGUGCUGAAUUCCAAUGUUACACCUGACACCGAUUGUAAAGAUAUCGGCCUGCCCAUUGGUGUAAGGUCUUGGCUUGUGAACCCUGAUAACCACGAUGAGCUAGUUCCUGUGGGCUGUCCUGGAGAACUACUUUUGGAGGGCCCACCCCUGGCCCGGUGUUACGUGAACAAUCCUCAGAAGACAAACGAAUCGUUCAUUUUUGACCCUGCUUGGACCAUGUUUGACGCUGAAAGUGGCUCUAACCGUAGAUUCUACAAGACAGGGGAUCUUGUAAGGUACAACUCUGACACCGGUGCCCUUAAUUACAUCGGGCGCAAGGAUACGCAGGUCAAGGUUCACGGACAACGAAUUGAGCUCGGUGAAAUUGAGAAUCAGCUCAGCAGAGAUUUGAAUGUCAAUCAUUGCUCUGUCCUUUUCCCCAAGGCUGGUUUCUCCAAGGGUCGCCUGGCAGCCGUCAUCUCUUCCACUGGCUUGCUAGCGGAACAGCCUGAUUCAGAGUUGGAGCCUCUGCGACUCGUCUCCGCCUCGAAAAAGGCCGGGCUUGUCCCAAAAAUCCGAGAGCGCCUGUCCGCUCGUCUACCUACUUACAUGGUUCCUCCGGUUUGGUUGUGUGUCGAAGCUUUGCCACUUCUGCCAUCAGGGAAGUUAGACCGCAAGGGCAUUUCUACUUGGGUCGCGGGAAUGGAGAACGACCCAGAUCUUCAGAACAAUGCCUUUAUUGGAGUCGUCGGCACGGAGGCCUCGCAGCCUGCCAACGACAGAGAAGAAGCCCUAGCUGCUGUAUAUAGCCGUGUCCUCAACAUUCCACAGAACCUGCUCGAUUUGAACGAAGGCUUCCUUGCCCUAGGCGGUGAUUCAAUCGCCGCUAUGACAUGCAUCGGUCUCUGCAAGAAACGAGGGUUCUCCCUAUCUGUGCAGGAGCUGCUUCGCAGCAAAUCAAUACGCGACCUUGCCACUCGCGCAAAGACAAUCGAUCACCUGAUGACUUACGAAGAAGCUGUGGAUGAACCAUUUAGGCUGUCGCCUAUCCAGACCCUUCACUUUGGUGUACGGAAGGAGGGCCAAGGCCACUUCAACCAAGGAAUUCUCACUCGGUUGAACAAACCUGUCGACGAACGAUCCCUGCGUAAGGCUGUCGAAACUUUGGUAUCACGGCACUCCAUGCUCCGUGCACGGUUCACAGACACAGGAUUUGCCACGGCGUCGAGCCAACACAUCACCCGCGAUAUCAAAGGUUCUUACAGAUGGAGGAUGCACAAACUUGACAGCAUGGAAGAGGUCAAGAUUCACGUCGCCGACAGCCAGUCAUCCAUCAACUGCUUCUCGGGGCCGUUGCUUGCUGUCGAUUAUCUCUUGGUGAAAGGCCAGCCCAAUGUAUUGUCCAUGACAGCCCACCACUUGGUUGUCGAUAUUGUCUCGUGGAGAAUUAUUCUGGAAGAUUUGGAAGACAUCAUCUUGAAUCCCCAGAAAACAGAAGCCAGUGAUAGCUCCUUGCCUUUCCAGACCUGGUGUCGCCUGCAGAAUGAGCACUGCAACACCCUCCGAGCUGAGCAUAAAAUUGCAACCGACACUCUACCUGCAGCCGAGUUUAGUUACUGGGGCCUUCAGAAUACUCAAACCACAUAUGGUAAUGUGGAUUGUGCCUCAUUUGAGAUCGAUCCUGCUCACACCAAUGCCAUUCUCCUCGAAUGUCACAAAGCUCUUGCUACCGAGCCAAUAGACCUCUUUCUCGCAGCAAUGCUCCACUCCUUUGGCCACGCCUUUCCCGAUCGCUCUCUCCCUACCAUCUACAAUGAAGGCCACGGACGAGAAGUAUGGGACUCGUCCAUUGACAUUUCGCACACCGUCGGAUGGUUCACGAUUCUGCAUCCAGUUUUCGUCUCCGCAUACAAACCAGACAACCCAAUCGAUACCCUCAUGCAGGUGAAGGAUCUUCGUCGUCGGGUCGCGGACAACGGUCGUGCAGACUUUUCCAGUCGCGUUCUGCCAGGACAGGACCACCAAGAGCCCCAGCACCCUCACCCCUUUGAGAUGUCAUUCAACUACGUCGGUCAACAUCGAGAUUUGCAGAGGCAGGAUGGUCUGUUCCAGCUUGUCGAUCAGAUGGCCGGAGAAGCAGGCCAAGGAGGCGGUGCCGCUGACUUUGGAACUGAUACUCCCCGAUUUGGUCUGUUCGAGAUCUCCGCGAUGGUUGUGGCUGGAAAGGUUCGAUUCAACUUUUCCUUCAACAAGUUCAUGCAGCAUCAGAGCCGUAUUCAUCAAUGGGUUUCCGGAUGCCAAGAGCUGCUCGUAACUCUCGCCGAGCAGCUUCCUACUCUCGCGCCGCGUUUGACUCUCAGCUCGUUCCCCUUGUUGUCGUUGAGUUACCCUACCCUGGACAAGUUGCUCAAUGAGAAGUUGCCUGCUAUAGGAAUCGCGUCAGUCGACAUUGUUGAGGAUAUUUAUCCGUGCUCUCGCAUGCAGCAGGGGAUACUGCUUGGUCGCAAGCGUGAUAGCUCCUAUUAUGCUGUCCACGACACCUUUGAGAUUAAAGCUACUGGAUCUAGCAAGCCGAACCUUGAUCGCCUGGUCAAUGCAUGGGAACAGGUCGUUUCUCAUCACGCCAUGUUCCGAACCAUCUUCGUAGAGAAUCUCACUCCUCGGCAUCCAUUCUGCCAGGUCGUGCUGAAGAGCUAUGAUGCUACUCCUGUCAUCUUGCAUUCUUCAGGGGAAAGCGAUGUGAUCGCCACAUUUGACAUGGAAGACCCCAAGAAUUACAGCGAUUUUUCACCGGCGCAUCGAUUCACCAUCUGCCAAACACCAACUGGGAGACUUUUUGCUCGCAUUGAGAUGAGUCAUGCUGCGAUGGAUGGUAACUCGAUCUCAAUCAUACUCCGUGAUUUGCAGCUCGCAUACGCUAGCAGACUCGAGGAAAGACAAAAGCCUCUGUUCAAGGAUUAUAUGGAGUAUCUGCAGGAUACGCCGAAAGAAGCCAGCAUAAAGUACUGGUGCUCGUACUUGAAUCAGGCUAAGCCGUGCCACUUUCCCGCCCUCACUGACGGGCACCAAACGGUCAAGGUCCUUCGAUCCAUUCCAGUGAACUUCGGUGCCCUCAACGAGCUCCAAACUGUUUGUGAUAAGCGUGGAAUUACUCUCGCAAAUGUCUUCAAUGCCGCGUGGGGCCUCACUCUCCGCGCUUUCUGUGGUUGUGACGAUGUAUCCUUCAGCUACAUGGCGUCGCUGCGUGAUGUGCCUGCUGAGGGCGUACAGUGGGUCAUUGGACCGGUCAUUAACCUUCUGGUCUGCCGUAUGAAGGUGGCUGAUGAUGCGAAGCUCAGCGAUGUCUUACAUAAAGUUCAGAAUGACUACUUGGAGAGCCUUCCUUACCGACACACUUCACUUAUUGAUAUUCAGCAUGCUUUGAAGCUCUCCGACACCAAUUUGUUCAACUCUGGUGUCUCCUACCGCCGUCUUUCCAGUUCUAAGGAUGCUACUAGCAGCGACAUAGAGUGCGUUGAGGUUGGGUCAAUCCACGAUCCCGCUGAAUUCCCGGUUUUCAUCAACAUCGAGGCCAUGGACACUUACGCUCGCAUCGAUCUUAACUACUGGACUACCAAUCUAUCUGACUCACAGGCUGCUAAUGUUGCCAAUACUUAUCUUCGUUGUCUUGAGAAUAUGGUGUCGAACAUUGAUGGUGAAAUUCGCCAGCUGGACAACCUGAGCGAAGAAAACCGAGCCCAGAUCAUGGCGUGGAACUGCAAGACCCCGAAGCCGUUUGAGAAGUGCGCACAUCACGUUGUCCAAGAAAUCGCUAAGAAGCGCCCUGAUGCGUUGGCUGUCACUGCCUGGGAUGGGAACUUGACUUACUCCAAGUUAGAUCAAUUCUCUUCUCGUUUGGCAAGCUAUCUUGUUACCUUCGGUGUCGGCCCUAACGCCAUCAUUCCCGUUUGUUUCGAGAAGUCUGUGUGGAACAUUGUCUCCACAUUGGCAGUCAUGAAAGCCGGUGGUGCUUGUAUUCCAGUUGACACACCGGAGAGUCUGGCUCUUGUUGAGAAGUGGAUCAUGGAAAACGCCGUGCAAGUCGCUCUGGCUUCCCCGGAGAAGGCUCGGGCUCUUGAGGAUGCCGUUCCAUAUGUCAUCCCCGUAAGCGAGUCUCUUCUCGAGUACCUCGGCGACGAAAUCCUCAACCCCGUGGCCCAACCAUCCGACAUCGCCUAUGUCGCUAUGACUGCUGGCACCUCUGGCGCCGCGAAGAGUGUCGUCCUCGACCAUUCAACUGUCAUGACGCGCGCUGAGGCAUUUGCUACCACCAUGGCAAUCGCUGAUGUCUCCAGGACUCUGCAGUUCGCGCCGCACACAUCCGAUGCAUAUGUCGUCGAGCUAUUCGCCACUUUCAUGUGGGGCGGUUGUAUUUGCGUUCCUGCUGAUAUUGACCCCAUCAGCUUAGCAGCCUCUAUGAAUGCAUUCCACGUCAAUGUUGCCAGCAUCACCCCAACAGCCGCUAGCUACUUCUUCCCCAAAGAUGUUCCGGGAUUGAGGUCAAUUGCCCUGGGUGGUGAAGUAGUUUCUCAGAAUGUUCUCGACCACUGGCAGACCGACGAUCUCCAAUUGCAGGUUUUGUAUGGAACAAGUGAGAGCUCGGCUGCCUCCUUCCUUGUGUUUUGUUCUCAGGAUGAAAACGAGGCUGCCCUUAUUGGAAAGAGCACGUCUUGCGUCUCAUGGGUUGUGGACCCUUCCAACCACAAUCGCCUUGUCCCGAUCGGCAGCGUCGGAGAAUUAGUGCUCGAGGGGCCUGUUCUUGCCCGGGGCUAUCUCGACAACCAGUCCGGAGAGAGCGAUGCCUUUAUUAACAACCCUUCCUGGCUUUCUGUCCAACGAGAAGGUGCCAAGCACCGCAUGUUCAAGACCGGAGAUCUUGUGAGGUACAAAUCCAACGGCUCUCUAGUUUUCGUCGGUCGAAAGAACGAUAGGCAUGCAUGUGCCUUAGCUAGCAAUCUUACUCAGACCCAGGCGCGCAUUGACUCCUUCCUGGACCACAAGAAGAAGUGCGUUGUGGAGAGUGUCCAGCUGCAACGCGAAAAUGUGAACAUAGAAGCUCUUGUUGCCUUCGUGGUUUCGUCGAACACCAGCCCGGUGACUUUCGGAGAUUGUGUCCUCCAGUCCACGACACCUCAACUGACAGACACUAUCUCUAGCCUGCACAUCAAUCUGAGCACCAGUCUUCCUGGUAGCAAGGUCCCAAGUUUCUACAUCCCCGUUUCCUCCCUCCCUUUGACCUUCUCUGGAAAGCUAAACCGCCAGGCCCUCAGAACCGAAACACGAGCGCUUUCGAGUAGUGCACUCGAAGCCUUUGAAAUCAAACGCUGGAACGGAACCAAGACUGGUAAACAUCUUUCACGUCAUGCAAGUCUCUCUGAGGCCAACGUUGCUUUCUGGAAGGAGUACCUCGCUGAUGUUGAGCCCUGUGUCUUCCCGGCGCUUUCCCACGAGGCAAGCGACAAUUGCCGAUCUACCCGCACUCUCAAUAAGCAGACAGCCAGCAUCCACGCUUUCAGCAGAUUAUCUGGUCUCCCUGCAGAAAUUCUCUUCCAGUUUGCCUGGGCCCUCGUGCUCCGGUGGUACGUUGGCUCUGACGAUGUGUGCUUUGGGUAUUCCACCUCACCCUCAGAGACGAAAGUGGAGGCCGAAGGCGUUGCCACCUGCCGCUUCCUUGUGCAGAACGACCGGAAGGUGCAAGACACUCUUGAGAACGCAAAGAAAGACUCCGAGAAAAUUGCAUUGAAUAUCGCUGCAUUGGACGCCGUAAAAGACCAGCUUGGGCUCGAUAAUACAGCACUCUUCAACACCUCCAUGAUUUAUCGCACGGCUUCCAAUCCCUCAAAAGGAAUUAACCGCGAACCAUCCAGCUCUAGUUCUUAUAAGAUCUUGGUUGAAGCCGAAGUCUCUCAUUCACACGCACAGAUUCACUUCAACUACUCCUCAGAAACUCUUUCCUCCUUCCUGGUCAAUCAUGUCAUGGACAUGUUCGACCAAGUUUUGGACGAUCUGAUCGCUCACAACCUCAAUGACCGUACGAUCGGAGAUAUCAAUGUAUUCACCGAGCGCUCAGCUCGUCAAAUCUGCGACUGGAAUGCCGCAUCACCUCCUAGAUUGGAAAAGUGCGCCGACGAGCUCAUUCAGCAGCAGGCGCUUCUUCACCCUCGUGCAGAAGCCAUCUGCUCUUGGGACAAGAAUUUCACUUACGGACAGCUUGAGAUUGUCUCCAGUCGCUUGGCCCGCCAUCUCUCCUAUCUUGGAAUCAAGCCUGAAGCAUUCGUCGUGCUGUGCUUCGAAAAGUCAGCUUGGGCUGUUGUUGCCCAACUGGCUGUUCUCAAGGCGGGUGGAGCUUUCGUCUCGAUUGACCCAUCCCAUCCUGAUUCGCGACUGAAGAUGCUCAUUGAUGAAAUUGACACCAAUCUUGUCUUGUGCUCAUCUUCAAUCCACGCAAAAAUCUCGACGCUCUGCGCAAAAUCGUUUGCUGUCUGCCAAAUCUCAAUCUCCCAACUUUCUGACUCGCCCCUGGCUUUGCCUGGAGUUCGCCCUACGCCGGAAAAUGCUGCAUACGCUAUUUUUACAUCUGGUACUACUGGAAAGCCGAAGGCAACUGUUGUCGAGCAUACUGGCCUUGUCACCACAGCGAUCGCUUUGAUCGAUGCCCUCCACCUGAACUCCACUACCCGUGCUUUGCAGUUCUCUAACUACACUUUCGACGUCAGUGUAAUGGAGAUUUUGAUGAUUCUUAUUACUGGUGGUUGUAUCUGUAUCCCCAGCGAAGAGGAACGUAUGAACAACCUGGGUGGUGCUAUUCGCCGUAUGGAAGCGACCUCCAUUUCGGCACCUCCUGCCAUCGUCAAUACCCUUGAGCCAAAAAACGUUCCUAGCCUCAAGGUUAUAAUCACGGGAGGCGAGAAGAUGCCCGCCAACCACAUCGACCGCUGGGCAGACCGGUGUGUCAUCAACGCCUAUGGACCCUCCGAGGCCACUGUUGUUGCCACAGUCGGUGUCAAGGUUGAUCGGGAUGGCAACCGCAUCAACAAUGAUCCCACAUCCAUCGGAACUUCUCCAAAUUGCAGAGUCUGGAUCGUCGAUCCCAACAACUACGACCGCUUGCUUCCCGUUGGCGCUGUCGGUGAAUUGAUUCUCGAAGGAAGCAAUAUUGCUCGAGGAUACCUUGGGAACGAGGAAAAGACCAAGGCAGCUUUCUUCGAGAAACCUGCUUGGAACCGUCACCCUGGCUUGCAGGGCGUGUUCAAGCGCAACGACCGCUUGUACCGCACUGGUGAUCUCGUUCGCUACAGCAACGACGGCAGUCUGGCCUUCAUCUCUCGGAAAGACACUCAGAUCAAAUUCAAUGGCCAGCGCAUUGAACUCGAGGAGAUCGAACAACAAUGUCUAAGCUGCCUACCUGAGGACUCUCAGGUCGCUGUCGAUGUCGUUGUUCCCGAGGAACGGACCAUCGCCAAGGGCCUUGCCGCAUUCUUCACCAUCCAUGACCCAGAUUCCAACGGGGGCAGUAGUGAUCAAUUCGCCCCCACUAUCCCUGGAGCCGAUCCCCUCCUACUGCCCAUCUCUGUGUCGAAUAUGGAUGCCAUUCAGAAGUUGAAGGGAUGUCUGCCCGACCUUCUGCCGCAGAGCAUGAUGCCCCGACUCUUCUUCCCUAUCCGCAACUUGCCCUUCACUUCCUCGGGGAAAAUUGACCGCCGAAGACUGCGGGCCAUGGUCCAAACCUUGUCCAAAGAUACCCUUAAGUCUUACAUUACCUUCAACAUCUCCGACAAAAGAAAUGUCUCCUCAGCUACCGCUUUAGAGACCAAGCUUGUGGCUCUUGUAGAAAAGACCCUCGAGCUCGAAGUUGGCUCCGUGACCACCGAUGACAGCUUCUUCGGUCUGGGUGGUGAUUCCUUGUCCGCGAUGAACCUUGUCGGCGCUGCCCAAGCAGAAGGCAUUGCACUCACCGUCUCAAGCAUCUUCAACUCGCCAAUCUUGAUUGACAUGGCCAAGAGCUGUGUCGUGUCUGAAGCUAUCGAACUCAAGAAAGAAACCACCUUAGCGUUCUCCCUGUUGCCCUCUGGAGUCAACCUCGAAGACUUGAUUGAUGAAAUAACCGAUAACUGCGAAGUUUCCAAGGACCUUAUCAGUGACAUCUAUCCAUGCAGCGCUGUUCAGGAGGGUCUUCUGACGCUCUCUAUCAAGCAUCACGGUGCUUAUGUUGCUCAACCCACGUUCCGCCUUGCUCCUGGCAUUGAUAUUGGUAGAUUUAAGCAGGCCUGGCAACAAACCGUGGCAGACCUGGAAAUUCUCCGCACUCGUAUUGUCCACACGGAAGCUAUGAACUUUGCGCAAGUUAUCUUGAAGAAUGGUCCUAUCUCCUGGGUCGAAGCUGAGUCGUUCGACGCUCUGCCCAACGACAUCCUUCAUCUGCCGAAGCAAAAUGGAGCGCCUUUAACUGGUUAUGCCAUGGUGCAGCCCCCUGACUCCUCUGAUAGCUACUUUGUGUGGUCCGUUCAUCACGCCCUUUAUGACGGCUGGAGCAUUCCUUUGGUUUUCCGCAAGGUCGAAGAGAACUACUUUGCUUCGCAGACCAAGCGUGCUUGCAUGCCUUACAGUUUGUUCAUCAACUACUUGGCGAAGAAGAAUAUGGAGGAGUCUGAUUCUUUCUGGAAGUCUUAUCUAACCGACCUGUCGAGCACUGCUUUCCCUCUUAACAAGAAUGCGGUACCUGAUGCCAUGCGUGCUGGCAACACGCAGCAUCACAGCAUGAGGGUUUUCCGAAGUCGUGACAGCGUCGACUUUACGAUACCUGUCCUCAUGCGCGCUGCGUGGGCAAUCGUUAUUGCGACCCACACUGCGUCUGGUGAUGUCUGCUUCGGCGAAACGUUGUCGGGCAGAAACAUUGACCUUCCCGGUGUUGCAGAUAUUGCUGGUCCAGUUUUAACCACAGUCCCCACCCGUGUCCAAGUUGAUAAUGCCAUGUCAACUAUGGAGUACCUGCAGAAGAUCCACCAGUCUACUACCGAGAUGAUCCCCCACUUGCAUUCUGGUCUUCAACGUAUCCGGCAGCUGAACAAGAAUACCGCCACAGGCUGCGAUUUCAAGAACCUGCUUGUAAUUCAGCCUGGUGAUGGUGAGCUUGACAACAAGAUCUGGAUCGACGAGAAACGUGAAACGAGCGAAGACUUCUUCACUCACCCCCUUGUUGUGGAAUGCGGUGUUACUAAGACUAACAUUUCCUUCACUGUCCACCAUGAUGAGCUUGUCAUAAACGGAUGGCAGACUAAGCGCAUCACUGCACAGUUUGCUCAUGUUCUGCAACAAUUGAUCGCCAUGCCCAAGAACAGCAUGAGCAAGCUCGGAGACUUGGAAGUCAUCAGUCCCGAAGACAAGGCUGAAAUUGGAACAUGGAACCAACGUACACCGCUCACCGUGGAACGGACUGUUCAUGAUAUUAUUCGUGAGAAGUGUGACGAGACUCCAAACGCCCAGGCUGUCUGUGCCUGGGAUGGUGAUCUCACCUUUAAAGAAUUUUGGGACCUUGCAUCUGGCUUCGCCAACUACCUUGUCUCUCGUGGAGUUGGCCCAGAGGUAUUUGUUCCAGUAUGUUUGGACAAGUCAGCUUGGGCAAUGGUCACCCUCAUAAGUGUUCUCAUCGCUGGUGGUGGGUACGUGCCUUUGGACCCCUCUCACCCUACCUCGCGACACGAGGAAAUUCUUGCCGAUGUCGGUGCCACCAUGAUACUGUGCACCCCAAACUAUGCAAACCGUUACAGCCGAGUUGUGAAGACGGUUGUCCCCAUCAGCAAGGAGACUAUCAAAGCAUAUGGCGCCCUUAAGUCAUCUGCCCGUCGCCAGACUCAAAUCAAACCCUCCAACAUGGCCUAUGCUCUAUUUACCUCUGGUAGCACCGGUCGAGCCAAGGGAAUCAUUGUCGAACACCGUAACGUCGUCAGCAGCAUCAUGGCAUUCGCGCCGUGGGUUCGCAUGGAUGAGACUUCGAGAGUAUUCCAAUUUGCCUCCUUGACUUUCGACGCUGCUGUCAUGGAGACUAUUGCAAUUCUAAUGCUCGGAGGUACUAUCUGCGUGCCUAGCGAGGAUGAUCGUCUCAACGACGUUGCCGGUGCAAUCCGGCGCCUAAAUGUCACUUGGACUUUCCUCACCCCCUCGAUUGCAAGCAUCAUCGAGCCAUCUUCGGUGCCUUCCCUGAAGCACCUUGUUUGCGGUGGCGAGAAGAUGUCAAAUGAGGUCAUCACGAAGUGGGCCAACUCAGUUCACCUCAUGAACGGAUACGGACCCACCGAGACCUGUGUCUUCGCUGUGGUCGAUAAUGCAGUCGCCACGAAUCGUGAUCCCGGGCGUAUCGGUUAUGGUAUUCCCAGCACUCUCACCUGGAUUGUUGACCCAGACAACCACGAUCGGCUGACUCCCCUGGGUGCAGUCGGUGAACUUGCACUCGAAGGCGCUCCCUUGGCCAGGGAGUACCUCAAAAACCCCGAGAAGAAUGCAGAAGCAUUCACCACAGACCCUGCCUGGAUUAAGGACUUCGCGCCCACGGUCUUAGGUCCUCGCCGAAUCUACAAGACUGGUGAUCUCUGCUACUACAACCCUGAUGGCUCUGUGCAGUACAUCAGCCGGAAGGAUCACCAAGUCAAGCUGCAUGGUCAGCGUAUGGAGCUUGGUGAGAUCGAGCAUCGCCUUUCUGAGGAUGCCCUAACUCGCCACGCUGUCGUUGUUCUCCCAAAGAAUGGCCCGCUUAAGCAGCGGCUGGUUACAGUUCUGUCUUUGAAUAGUGUCGCAGCCGAUACAAAGUUGAUUUCCGAUAAGCCCUGCGAGCUUGUUGAUGAGGAUGAGCUUGAGCGUCAUGCUUACAACGAGCUAGUCGAGGUCCAGACGAACCUUGAGAACCAGCUGCCCAUUUACAUGGUCCCGCAGACUUGGGCUCUCAUCAAGAAGCUUCCUAUGCUCGUUUCUGGAAAGCUCGACCGCAAGAAGAUCACCGCUUGGGUUGAGGAUAUUGAUGAUGUGUCUUAUGACCGUAUCAUGGCUGAUUACGAUCGUAUCAAGCGUGGCAAGACCCAAGAGAAGCGACAAGAAAAGCAGGAGAAGAACGGAUCGCUCGAUACUGUCCGCGACAUCUUUGCACAGGUGUUGAAUAUCUCCCUUCAGAAAGUCAAUGUCGACCGCUCUUUUGUCAGCUUGGGCGGGGACAGUAUUACUGGAAUGGCUGUCAUUUCUCGCGCUCGCAAGCAAGGACUUGUUCUGACACUACACGACAUUUUGCAGAGCAGAUCGGUGAAGGAACUUGCUCAAACCGUUAGUUCCAAGGUGCCUGUUGCUCGGCGCGAAGAGAAGUCCGGCGAAGGCUUUACGCUUUCGCCUGUCCAGCUUCUCUACUUCCAGAGCUCCGACUCUUUCAAGGGCACCGCGCGUUUCAACCAGAGCAUUACUGUUCGCAUCGUUCGCCGUUGUGAGGGCGAGGUACUAAAACGCGCUCUCAAGGCUGUUGUCAGCCAGCAUGCCAUGUUCCGCGCACGCUUCAGCAAAUCUAGUGAUGGCACCUGGCAACAGAAAACUGCAGCGGAGGUCGAUGAAUCUUUCCGAUUCCGCGUUCACUCCGUGGGCGAUAACCGGGCUAUGGUUCCGAAGAUCGCUGACAGUCAGACAUGUCUGGAUCCUCUCAAUGGACCUAUCCUAGCAGCCGACCUCUUUAACCUUCGCACCGGUGGUCAGGUCCUAUUCCUUGUCGCUCACCAUCUUUGCAUCGACAUGGUAUCCUGGCGCAUUGUGCUCCAGGACCUUGAAGAGCUCGUUGUCUCUGGAUCUCUUUCACUCGAAAAGCCAUUAUCCUUCCAAAGCUGGUGUGCCAUGCAAACUGAGCGAGCCAAGACGCACGAUUCGACUAUCUCCCUGCCUUUCACCAUCGAGAAGCCGAACUUGCUUUACUGGGGCAUGCAAGAGUCUCUAAAUGUUUACGGUGACAUCAAGAUGGAAUCCUUCUCGUUGAGCGAAGAUACCACUCAAUUUAUCCUGGAUGGCUGCCACAAUGUCUUCCGAACUGAUACUGUUGACAUCUUGCUGUCUGCUAUUAUUCAUUCCUUCGGUCGCACCUUCACUGAUCGCAAGGUGCCGACUAUUUAUAACGAAGGACAUGGUAGAGAACCUUGGGAGGCCGAAAUUGAUCUUUCUAGAACAGUUGGCUGGUUUACCACAAUGGCGCCUUUAUUAGUGGACUCGGAAGCUCGUGCCCUCAACGAAAUUAUUAAGCGUGUCAAGGAUAUCAGACGCAAGACCGCAGACAAUGGACGUCCUUACUUCGCAAAAAGCCUGCUUCAUGACCAGGCUGCAGAUUUCCCUGUCCCGUUGGAAAUCCUGUUCAACUACCUGGGUAAAAUGCAGCAACUUGAGCGGGACGACUCAUUGUUCCAUCACCACGGUAGCGUCUUUGAUAGCUCUGACUUUGCUGUCGCAGGUGAUAUGGGCCCCAAGACUGCUCGGUUCGCUCUCUUCGAAGUAUCUGCAAUUGUCAUCAAAGACCGUCUCAACGUUGCUUUCACUUACAACAGCCAAAUGCAGCACGGGGGCUCAAUUCGCCGCUGGAUUGCCCAGUGUAAGCAGACCCUCGAAAAGGAUCUCCUCACACUGAAAACUGCUACUCCCGAGCCCACUCUCAGCGAUUACCCCCUCCUUCCUAUCAACUACCACGGUCUCCAGAUGCUCACAGCCAGCACCUUCCGCAAGGCUGGCAUUCGGAACAAGGAUGAUGUCGAGGACAUCUAUCCCUGUUCUCCCAUGCAGGAGGGCCUCCUGCUCAGCCAGCUCCGCGAUCCUAAUGCCUACAUGUUUCACACCGUGUUUGAAAUCAAGGAUACAAAAUCUGGAAAGGUCGAUGCCGAAGGAGUUGCUCGCGCCUGGCAAGUCCUUGUUGACCGUCACCCAGUACUAAGAACCAUCUUCGUUGACAGUAAUUACACUGGUGGAUCCUUCGAUCAACUAGUACUGAACAAAAUUUCUGAUAAUAUUCUCCGCGUGGAAUGCGAAAAUGCACAGGUUGAAGAAAAGCUUGCUGCCAUCUCUCUUCGUGACAGAAACGCGAUGCGCCAAUCAAAACUUUCCCACCAACUUACUGUCUGCAAAACAAAUACCGGACGUGUGGUUCUCAAGCUUGAGAUCAACCAUGCCAUCAUUGAUGGUGGCUCAGUGGAUGUAAUCCUUCGUGAUCUCACUCUCGCGUACGAGAGAAAGAUUUCCGAGGGUUCAGGCCCUCUCUUCAGCGACUACAUCAAGUUCAUCAGAACUCAGAGUCAGAGUGAUGCUCUUAUUCACUGGAAGCGAUACCUCGAUGGAGUUCACCCAUGUCACCUCGCUCAAUCGGCUGUUUUCGAAGCUAAGAGAGAACUAAAGGGUGUCAUGAUGAACUUCCAACGAUUCCCCGAGCUACUCAAGUUCUGCGAGUGCAGCUCUGUGACUCUCGCCAACUUGACCCUAUCCGCCUGGGCCAUCGUCCUGCGACAGUUCACUGGCUCCGAUGACGUUUGUUUUGGGUAUCUUUCUGCCGGUCGCGAUGCCCCUGUCAAUGGCAUUCAAGACAUGGUCGGAAUCUUUAUUAAUAUGCUUUGCUGUCGAGUCCAGUUCUCUGACCAGCAGACCCUAACUGAUGUGUCUAAGAAUGUUCAAGAUGAUUACAUUCGAUGUAUUCCGCACCAAAGCUGCUCUCUGGCAAGCAUUCAGCAUGAGCUUGGUUGGCAGGGACAGUCCCUCUUUAAUACUACAUUGUCAAUUCAAAACCACUCUGUUGCAGGUGGUGCUAAGGAAAAGGGGUUGUCUUUCGAUCUUCAGCACGCACAUGAUCCUAGCGAGUAUGCGGUUACUGUGAAUGUUGAGAUUGCCCGAGGCCAGGAGGGGAUUCUUUUGAGAUACUGGAACGAUGUUGUGUCUGACGAACAGGCUCAAUCCCUUGCUGAAACUAUCGCCAAAGUUUUCUCUGGAUUCAUUGAAUCCCCGGCUGCGACUUUGUCGCAGUCUACGUUCUCUGCAGCGGCUGAGCCCGAGUUAUUGGAUUGGGAUCGCUCCCAAACCACGCUGGCUGACAAGGCAAAGUCGACCGGAGAUGCGAUUGACAGUUGUGCUAUUCAGAAGAUAAUUGAUGAUCGUGUUCAUGAGAUCAUUGGUCAGAUGUUGAGAGAAGGAAAACUGACCGUGCCUCCCAUUAGUACGGAAGGGUUGUCAAGCUAUGGCGGUCACACUGACACCGUACCCGACUCGCCGUACCAGUUAGGUGUGCAGGAAGCAGAUGAUUCGGGUGUUUGUUCGGCAACUUCCUGUUCUAGUGAGGAUGGGAUGUCGGCCGAUAUGGAAAGGAAAUUGUGGAAUCUUUGGAGCACAGCCCUUGGUCUUUCACCCAACGUGGUGAGGCAUCAGGAAAGCUUCUUCAAGUUGGGCGGUGACAGCAUCACCGCCAUGAAAAUGGUCAGUGCCGCUCGCGAAGAGGGCUUGGUCCUUACUGUUGCAGAUGUCUUCAACAAUCCUGUCUUCGAGGAUAUGCUGACAACAGUGCGAGCUGCGAAUGUCACCCAGCAAAUUUUGAAUGUUGAUCUCAAGUCUGGCGCCCACAAGGAGGUUGAUAGUGACUUGCUCAAUAUCACGCCUACUGAACUGGGUCCCAGCCCCUCAACUGAGAGCCUUGAGUAUCUCAGGCCAUCGUGUGUCGACGAUGCUGCGGUCCAGAGCGGCAUCUGUCCCAAGAUUGGUGUCUUCAAGGGUGGCAUUGCCGAUGUUCUCCCUGUCACUGACUUCCAGGCGAUGUCUCUGACGGCAACCCUCUUCAAGUCCCGAUGGAUGCUUAAUUACUUUUAUCUUGAGGGCAAUGGUUCCCUGGACCUCAGACGCCUUCGCGAGAGUUGCUUGAAGGUUGUGGCUGCUUUUGAUAUUCUGCGCACAGUCUUUGUAUGCUUCCAUGACCAGUUCUUCCAGGUCGUGCUGCGUAAGAUUCGCCCCAGCAUAUUUGUUUAUGAGACCGACCGUGCCCUUGAUGAAUUCACCAUGACCCUUCAGCAGAGAGAUCGUGAAUACGGAUCUCGAGAAGGCGAGCAGUACGUGCAGUUCUAUGUUGUCAAGAAGAAAGGCAGUGACCAACACCGCAUCUUGAUUCGCCUUUCUCACACUCAGUACGAUGGAGUUUGUUUGCCCAAGAUCAUGUCAGCCAUUAAGCACGGAUAUGAAGGCACUCCGUUGCCACCGGCUACUCCAUUCGCUGGCUACCUGCGACAGUUGCCGGGAACAAUCACCCCAGACCAUUACCGCCACUGGACCGAUCUUCUCAAAGGUUCUCAAAUGACCCAAGUCGUCCGCAGAAAGGGUACCAGCAUGUUCCAGAAUGUCGGAGCAUUCACCGAGAUUCACAGAAAGAUUGAGAUCUCACCCACUGCCCUCGGAAAUGUGACUAUCGCAACUGUCAUGCAGGCUGCUUGGGCCUUGGCCCUUGCCAAGCUGUCCGCCCAAUCCGAUGUUGUCUUUGGUCUGACCAUCAGCGGUCGCAACGCCACAGUGCCCGGUAUUGAGAGCACCGUUGGGCCUUGCGUUAAUGUCAUCCCCGUGCGUGUCAAGCUCGACGAGAAAUGGACCGGUGUCGAUCUCUUCCGCUACCUCCAAGACCAGCAGGUCUCCAACAUGCCUUUCGAAUCUCUCGGCUUCCGCGAGAUCAUCAAGCAAUGUACCGAUUGGCCCGACUGGACCUACUUUACCACCUCCGUCUUCCACCAGAAUGUCGACUACGAGGGAACCAUGGAGCUCGACAACAACAAGUAUCGCAUGGGUGGUGUCGGUGUCAAUGACAACCUCGCCGAUCUCACCAUGGUGUCGCGCCCCUCUGGUGAACGUGGCCUCGAUGUCACCCUCGGGUACUCCGAAAAAGGACCUGUGAUGCCAUUCUUUGCAUCUAAGGUGCUCGACAUGGCCUGUGAGAUUGCCCAAUCGCUCGUUGCCAAUCCAACCGCCUCGCUACCCUCCGCUAGCAUGCUACGCUCUCUACCUUUACAGACAAUCGACGACCUGUCUCGACCAUCAGACGAACACUUCCUCAGCGCACACCUCAAGUCGCGCUCAAUUGCAGAGCUGCUUGUACACUCGGACAUUCUGUCUCAUUCGUGGCACCGAGUCCUACCAAGCCGCACUGCCAUAGCUUCCGUUGACCCAGACACUGAUGAAAAGCCAGCCACCCAACCCAACUUCCAGUUGGACUCAUCAUUCUUUGACCUCGGCGGUGACGUCUUCCAUCUGGCCCAGCUUACCUGGCUUCUUGAGCAAGAGGGUCUCAAGGUCCGUCUCGAGGAUCUAAUCGAACAUCCCUCUUUCCUGGGCCAAAUGGCCGUGCUGGCUUUGCACAACGCCAAGCACCAAGAUGAAAUUCCAAACGAGUCUCUUGCUACUGGUGCUGCAUCGCCUGAUCCUGUCGCUCGCAUCGAAAAGAAGAAGACAUGGUCGAAGGCCAUGACCAUAGCACGAAAGCUGACUGGACGAAACACAAUCACUGCUCGUGCUUGA